AUGUCCUCCUCAACCCUCGACACCCCAACCCUCGACUCCCAGCUCCCCUCGCUCCUGCUCCAAAUCACCGAAGAAGGUGGCUACGCCUUCACCUCCAUCGCCACCCGCGCCGCCGCCGGCGACACGCGGGCCGCGGAGGCCGCCCGGGAAUUAGCCUGGGAGCAGCUCCACUCGGGGCCGUGGCACUCCGUGGUCCCAAUUUGGCGCGAUGCCUACGCAAUGGCCUGCCUCCACGUCGCCAAAUGCCACUUCUGCACCGGCGAGCUCGAGCUGGCUCUCCGCGCCCUCGACAUGGGCCUCAUCAUGGGCGGAAUCGCGCUGCGGGAUGACUUGAAUCUCUGUAUUCGGAGAGUCAGUCGUGAUUUGAGAGAGAGAGAUUCCGCCGACGGCGACCAACACCAGAAGGUGGAGUGGUAUAGGGAUUUCAAUUUGGCGGAGGCAGCUAGGUUAUUGCCUGCGAAGUCACUUUCCAGUAAGACGGUGGCGAAAAAGGGUGGUCUGUCAUUGGAAGAAUUCUUGCGGGAACAUUUCAUCCCUGGUUUGCCGGUUAUAAUUAGUGGCUCUAUGGAUCAUUGGCCAGCAACCGAUAGAUGGAGUGACAUGAAUUACAUAAAAAAGGUUGCUGGUUUUCGUACUGUUCCAGUCGAGGUUGGCAGAAACUACUUAUCCUCUGAUUGGAAGCAAGAGCUGAUCACAAUUUCUGAGUUCCUGGAGAGGAUUCAAUCCGGUGACUCUUCUCCUACGAGCACGACUUAUUUAGCCCAGCAUCAAUUAUUUGAUCAGAUACAAGAACUAAAGCAGGAUAUUGUUAUACCUGACUACUGUUUUGCUGGUGGGGGUGAGAUCAGGUCACUUAAUGCUUGGUUUGGUCCAUCUGGGACAGUAACACCUUUGCAUCACGAUCCUCACCACAAUAUACUUGCACAGGUUGCUGGUAAGAAGUAUAUCAGGCUUUACUCUCCUUCAUCGUCAGAAGAACUUUACCCUCACACAGAGACCAUGCUCUGCAAUUCCAGCCAGGUAGUUAGCUUGUUGAUCUGGAUGACAUAGACAAAGAAGAGUUUCCCAAGAUAAUGGAUUUGGGAUUCAUCGAUUGCAUACUAGAGGAAGGCGAGAUGCUAUACAUCCCUCCAAAGUGGUGGCACUAUGUUCGUUCUCUCACUAAGAGUUUCUCAGUUAGCUUUUGGUGGAGCGUCGAAGGAAACUCUCUGGACUCAUGAGCACUACAUUUUGCUAUAGAAUAAAGUGUAUUGACAUAUUUUCAGCAUAACAUUCUUUAUGAGCAGUGCAGAUUCUAGA